UUGAUAUAAUUUAGCAUGGCUUGUUCAAGUUGUACCACUAGACUAGAUCUAUCUUUACAUUGGUGACUUUGUUUUAGACCUGGAUCUAGAUCUAGACUCUACAUCUAGAUCUAGAUCUAAUUAUUUAAAGAAAAAAGAAGACAAAAGCCCUACCUAUUGGCUGGUAUCUUCAAAACAUUAACAAUGGGGCUGAUACAGCAGCUGAAAGGAACUCUUGUGUCACAACUUCUUUUAGGUUACAUUUUUGUAAUGUCUGGACUAGCAGUCACUUUCCUGAUGCUUUGCAGCUGUGUGAUAUGGCCUUUCAACAGACAUUUAUACAGAAAAAUUAAUGUACACUUGGCGUAUGCUCAUUGGUCACAGUUCACAUUCCUUGGUCAGUGGUGGGCUGGCUGUAAAGUUAUCCUCUAUGCUUCUGAUGAAGAUGUCAAGUAUAUUGGUAAAGAACAUAUUCUGACCAUCAUGAACCACAAGUUUGACAUUGAUUGGUUGAUGGCAUGGAUUCUUGCAGAGAGGCUGCAGAUGUUAGGGAACACAAAAAUCUAUGGGAAAGAGAUUUUAAAAUAUGUUCCUCUGAUUGGCUGGGCAUGGUACUUCACCGAGAGCAUUUUCCUCAAACGACAGUGGGACCAUGACAAAAGAGUUAUUGAGCAUGAUCUAAAACAAGCUACAGAUUAUCCUGAAGGAUAUUAUGUUACUCUGUUGCUGUUCCCAGAGGGCACAAGAUUCACUGAAGAAAAACAGAAAGCCAGUGAGGAGGUAUGUAGAGCUAAAGGUUACCCAAUCUUGAAGCAUGUCUUAUUGCCGAGGCCGAAGGGUUUUAUCAUCACAAUUCACGGGCUGAGAGGCCAAUUUCCAACUAUUUUGAAUUGUACUGUUGCUUUCUCAAAAAAUGGACCAGCUCCAACUUUGAUGAAUAUUCUUCAAGGAAAGCCGAUGUUGGCACAUUUUUAUGCAGAGAGAAUCCCAUUAGACAGUGUUCCAAUAGAGACAGAUGAAGCUUGCGCUCAAUGGCUUAGGGAGUUGUUCAAAAAGAAAGAUGACAUGUAUGAAGAAUUCCUUAAUACUGAAACAUUUCCUGGCCCAACACAUAACAUACCUAGACGUAUCAAUGACCUUCUGAUGUGGAGUUUUUGGGCUGUAGUCACAUGUGUUCCCUUGUUCUAUUACCUUGGGAGCUUGUUUAUAGCAGGAACUUUUACACAGCAAAUCAUUGCAAUAGUAGUGGGAAUAAUAUUGACAUUUGUGGUGCGCUUAAUGAUUGGGGUGACAGAAAUACAUAAAGGAUCAGAAUAUGGGAGAUCUGUGAAUACACUGGACAACAGGAAGUCAGAGUGAAGAAAACUUAUCUCUUUUGAUGUAGAUUUAUACCUUUUUUUUUCUUACUUAAAAUGUAACUUCUGGAACAUUUUUGUUCUGUUAAAAUAUUUUUUUUUCUAUAUUAAGUCUUUGAUAAUGUGAAAUUAUAAAGUUUAUAUGGUUUAGUGUUCAGAAACUCUUGACAUCUUUUCAAUCAGCCCCAGUCCUUUAUUUAGAAGAGAUAAUUUUAAAGACUGUUUCAAAACUAAAGUAAAAGCCGACUUUAACAAUAAUAAUUCUAACAACAAGAUCCAGCUUUUUUGUCUAGUUUAACAUUCAAGUGGGAAGCUGACAAAGAUAAUAGCUGAUUCUUGGUUUAAUGAUGGCUGGUGACUAACAAGCUUUUUGAGUUAUUAUAAAUUGAAUUAUUUUGUCUCAGCACUAGGGCAUUAUUGUAAAUUAAUAUUGUUAAAUGUAGUCUCAGGAUUCAAUCUAGAAGGAAAACCAUUAUCAUUUACAUCCCUUGCACUCCAGUUUGCAAUGCAUUUAAAAUUGUUUGUAAUAGUUAUAAAAGACAAUGUAGGGGAAACAAAUUUGUCCUCUUUUUAUUUAUCCCAAGAUUUUGUUGUAAACCCUUUGGUUGUAUCAGUGCUCAUUGGAAAUGUCGGACCAAUUUUGUUUGUUUUUUUUAUUGUUUUUAUAUUAGUGAUUGCUGUAUAUAGUUUUCUUUCUCAAGAUUGUUACUCUAUUUGAAGUCUUGACUUAGAAUAAGAGUACAUUAAAGCCAACAAAAACACUAGGAUACUAGAGCAUGGAAACAAACUCUCCUUACUCUCUUGCGUGACUACUAUCAGUGGUUGUUGUUGAACUUCAGCUAAUUGCCUUAUUUUCUUGCAUCUAAAUGACAGCUAUACUUGUGAUGUUUGCUACUCUCUUUGGUUAGAGCACAGAUUUGUUAUACAUAUUUCAUUGUUGUCAAUUGUUUGCAGACACUGUUAUCUCCCUUUCCAUUGUGUUGUUGUACACUUUUUGUCUUUUUAUUUUUUGUUAGCACUGUCUUGAACAAGCUUUAGAUUGUCUAGACCUUGUGAUUUCAAUCUGUUCCUGUCAAAUGAAUUGAGCAGUUCAAGUAUUGAGAUUGGAACGUAGGGUAAAAUGUGUCUACUUGAUUAUGAAAUUUGAGACAUUUUGAUCAUCUGUUGACUGAAAACAUUUUUCUUUGGCAAGUAGUGGAAGUUAUUGCUCAUUUUUAGCCUUCAAUCCAAAGAUAUUUUUUUUCUUUAAAAUGUUAUCUUUUGUUUUAUAAUAAUUUUAUUUCUGGACUUUGUGGUUAGGUUUAAGCCACAGGUUGACAAAAUCCAUGAUUUUAAUGUUGUAUUGUACAUUCUAUUAUGGCCAAUACAAUGAUAUAUGUGUAAAUAAUAUAUAAUAUCCAAAUGUGUAUAUAUGUAAAUGUACAGCUUGUAGUUUGGUGUAGUCUAGCUGUUCUGUUGUUGCUUUGAAAUAUGAGAUUAGUUGAUGUUAUGAAGCAACACAUCACAUGAGAUAACACAUUUACAAAAUGGCAGGAAGAAUAUUGUUUUUUUUUUUGUUUAAAUGCAAUUUAAUAUGAGUUUUGGUUGUUGUGUUGUUUAGGGUGAAUUUUCUUUAACAUACUUCAAUCACUACAAUCACUCAUUCUUUUUGAUUGUGUCAUUGUUUCUUUUCUGAGAAUGUUAGAGAUGUGUUUCCAUUGAAAUGUUAGAGAUGUGUUUCCAUUGAAAUGUUAGAGAUGUGUUUCCAUUGAAAUGUUAGAGAUGUGUUUCCAUUGAAAUGUUAGAGAUGUGUUUCCAUUGAAAUGUUAGAGAUGUGUUUCCAUUGAAAUCUUAGAAGUGUGUUUCCAUUGAAAUGUUAGAGAUGUGUUUCCAUUGAAAUGUUAGAAGUGUGUUUCCAUUGAAAUGUUAGAAGUGUGUUUCCAUUGAAAUGUUAGAGAUGUGUUUCCAUUGAAAUGUUAGAAGUGUGUUUCCAUUGAAAUGUUAGAAGUGUGUUUCCAUUGAAAUGUUAGAGGUGUGUUUCCAUUGAAAUGUUAGAGAUGUGUUUCCAUUGGAAUGUUAGAAGUGUGUUUCCAUUGAAAUGUUAGAGAUGUGUUUCCAUUGAAAUGUUAGAAGUGUGUUUCCAUUGAAAUGUUAGAAGUGUGUUUCCAUUGAAAUGUUAGAGGUGUGUUUCCAUUGAAAUGUUAGAGAUGUGUUUCCAUUGGAAUGUUAGAAGGGUGUUUCCAUUGAAAUGUUAGAAGUGUGUUUCCAUUGAAAUGUUAGAAGUGUGUUUCCAUUGAAAUGUUAGAGGUGUGUUUCCAUUGAAAUGUUAGAGAUGUGUUUCCAUUGAAAUGUUAGAAGUGUGUUUCCAUUGAAAUGUUAGAAGUGUGUUUCCAUUGAAAUGUUAGAGAUGUGUUUCCAUUGAAAUGUUAGAGAUGUGUUUCCAUUGAAAUGUUAGAAGUGUGUUUCCAUUGAAAUGUUAGAAGUGUGUUUCCAUUGAAAUGUUAGAGAUGUGUUUCCAUUGAAAUGUUAGAAGUGUGUUUCCAUUGAAAUGUUAGAGAUGUGUUUCCAUUGAAAUGUUAGAGAUGUGUUUCCAUUGAAAUGUUAGAAGUAUGUUUCCAUUGAAAUGUUAGAGAUGUGUUUCCAUUGAAAUGUUAGAGAUGUGUUUCCAUUGAAAUGUUAGAAGGGUGUUUCCAUUGAAAUGUUAGAAGUGUGUUUCCAUUGAAAUGUUAGAGAUGUGUUUCCAUUGAAAUGUUAGAGAUGUGUUUCCAUUGGAAUGUUAGAGAUGUGUUUCCAUUGAAAUGUUAGAGAUGUGUUUCCAUUGAAAUGUUAGAGAUGUGUUUCCAUUGAAAUGUUAGAGAUGUGUUUCCAUUGGAAUGUUAGAAGGGUGUUUCCAUUGAAAUGUUAGAAGUGUGUUUCCAUUGAAAUGUUAGAAGUGUGUUUCCAUUGAAAUGUUAGAGGUGUGUUUCCAUUGAAAUGUUAGAGAUGUGUUUCCAUUGAAAUGUUAGAAGUGUGUUUCCAUUGAAAUGUUAGAAGUGUGUUUCCAUUGAAAUGUUAGAGAUGUGUUUCCAUUGAAAUGUUAGAGAUGUGUUUCCAUUGAAAUGUUAGAGAUGUGUUUCCAUUGAAAUGUUAGAGAUGUGUUUCCAUUGAAAUGUUAGAGAUGUGUUUCCAUUGAAAUGUUAGAAGGGUGUUUCCAUUGAAAUGUUAGAGAUGUGUUUCCAUUGAAAUGUUAGAGAUGUGUUUCCAUUGGAAUGUUAGAAGUGUGUUUCCAUUGAAAUGUUAGAAGUGUGUUUCCAUUGAAAUGUUAGAGAUGUGUUUCCAUUGAAAUGUUAGAGAUGUGUUUCCAUUGAAAUGUUAGAAGUGUGUUUCCAUUGAAAUGUUAGAAGUGUGUUUCCAUUGAAAUGUUAGAGAUGUGUUUCCAUUGAAAUGUUAGAGAUGUGUUUCCAUUGAAAUGUUAGAAGUGUGUUUCCAUUGAAAUGUUAGAGAUGUGUUUCCAUUGAAAUGUUAGAGAUGUGUUUCCAUUGAAAUGUUAGAGAUGUGUUUCCAUUGGAAUGUUAGAAGUGUGUUUCCAUUGAAAUGUUAGAAGUGUGUUUCCAUUGAAAUGUUAGAGAUGUGUUUCCAUUGAAAUGUUAGAGAUGUGUUUCCAUUGGAAUGUUAGAAGUGUGUUUCCAUUGAAAUGUUAGAGAUGUGUUUCCAUUGAAAUGUUAGAGAUGUGUUUCCAUUGAAAUGUUAGAGAUGUGUUUCCAUUGGAGUGCUAGAGAUGUGUUUCCAUUGGAAUGCCUAUAAUUUAUUGGAAUAUACUAUUAUUGUGUGCUGGCUAAUAUUUGGGUAACAAAAUGUGCAUUUUGCAAUCUGUGGAAAACAUUUGAGUACACGAUUCAAUCGUUUAUUCUCUUAGGUUAUUGCUUGUAGGUAUUUUUAAUAGUUUUUGUAAUUCAAUGUGAAUGUUCUCUAAGGGGUAAAGUAACACCUGUGUGCACAUUUUUUUUCAUUCAAAUUUUAAAAUAAAAUGUCAUAAAAAAAUAGCA